UCAGUAUUCUGUCGACUGUCGUGAUGAUAAUUUAGUUUUUAGUCAAGUUCGUGAGUUUUGUUCGUUACUAGUGUGUGUCAAAAACUAUUGAGGUUUGAAAAUGUCUGAGAAAAAAAGGAUAUAUAUGUGGUAAAGCAAAACGAAAAUUAAAGAAGGAGGUUUACAACUAUUAUCAGAGACUUCUGCCGACAUAUUCAUUAGCACAUUUAAAGACGAUAUUGAUACAACUAAUAUAAAACAAGAGAUUGUGCACUUUUCAAGUUAUGUAAUGCAGUUAAAUUUACCAAUAAUUUCCCCUCAAAAUAUUUACAUAUAUGUACAUGAAAAUAAUUUAAAAGAAGUCUUUCCAAAUGUGUACAUUUCUCUACGACUUUAUUUAACUUUGCCAGUUUCGAAUUGUGAAGCAGAAAGAACAAAUUCAAAAUUAGAACUAAUUGAAAACACCAGAAGAACGUCCCUUCACCAAGAAAAAUUAAACUCACUCGUUCGUCUAUCUGCUGAAAGGGAAAUAACUAACGCACUUGAUUUUUCAGAUCUAAUUCAGAAGUUUAGUGAACUAAAAUCUAGAAAAAAACCAUUGUCUUAA